GUGUGAGCACUAUGCUGUAGCUUCAGUGAGGUUCUUGUAGUUGAGUGGGCCCUGUAGGGCUUCUUGACAAAGUGUGGGAUUACACUGCACUGAGCCCAUCAGUGAGGGUCUGGAGCCAAAGCUUCUGAAGAAGUGCUUGGCUCUGAGCUGAAGAUAGGGAAGGUGGGGUAGCGAAGUUGUUGGUUGCUCACAACGUGUUUGGGAGCCUGGGGUCUUUCUCCAAAAAGCAUUUCAGGAGGUCCAGAGCUAAGUGCUUUGGGGUUGAAAGUGAGGAAUAUCUAAGGCUGGAAAGGACCCCUGAAUGCCAGCUGAGAACUGGAGCAGGUUGCUUAUAGCUAUAUCUGGUUGACUUUUCUAUGAACAAACAAUGUGUCCUGCAAAUCCACUACAGAGAUGGAGAGCAUGGAGGCACAGGAUGCACAAAGAAAGGUGAGAACUGGAUCGUUUUGCCUGGAGAAAAGGUCAAGAUUUGAUGUGAUAGCACUUUUUCACUAUUUAGCAGCCACAGAACAUGGAGGCUCAGGUGUGCAGUGACAGAUGGGAAAUAACAAGAUAGGGAAAUUCUAACUAGAUAGAAAAAAAAUUUCACAAGCAGGAUAGGUAAGUGCUGAAAAAUGGACUUGUAGAGGAUGUGAGAACAUUUUUGGGGACACAGAAUUCAAGUGGGCAUGUGGGAACAGUGUAGUACAGAGAUGGGACAUUAGGGGAUGGGUGCAUGAGUUAGAGACAGGGAAUGUGGGCAUGGAGGAUGCAGGUGUGUGGGAGAGGGGAACAUGGGGUCCAAGGGGAGGGGACAAGAUGAGAUUGGGGCACCAGAGGACAGCAGAGGGAGGGACGGUCAUACCGGGACACAGUCACAGCCAUGGCAGGCUGUGUUCCUCUGGUGUGUGUUCUGUGUGGGCUGCUGGGGUCCUGGGUGUUUGCGGGGUGCUCCUGGGGGCACUUGAGGCUGAGCCAAGGGGCUGGUAUCCUCCUGGAGAUGAGACCCACAGUGCUUUGGGAGUCAGUAGCACAGCACAGCUCUCAGGAGCACAGCAAGUGGUGGUGGACCUGUCUACCCCCUAAUGGGGGUGGGGGAGGAGGCAACUGUUUCCUACCCAAGGGCUUGAGAGGGGGCUCUGCUUCACCCUGUGCUCUGGAGAAGAUCCAGGUUUAGAGAGGGGCCUGAGGGGCCAGGGAUCCCCAGCAGUACCGGCCCAGGGUAGCACAGGGUUUACGGAGCUCCUGUCAGCUUCAGCUGGCCCUGCUGCCUGUCCAGAGAAUACAGUGACCACUGUCCCAGCCUGGGGACUCUGGGGCCUUGGACCUCCCUCUGCCUCAGCCUCUCCCAGCUCGUGGUGGGGCCACGUGUUCUGUCCAGUCUAUAAUUACCCAGGCACAUUCCUAGGGGGUCACAGAAGUUCUGCAGAGCAGCAGCAGGCGGCAAGAUGUGGGUUGCAGAGGGGCCGGCCCCAGACCAGUGGAGCCUGCGGGAUGGGGCUCAUGCUGGACACUUCCUGGCUGUGGCUGACCAUCUCCGCACCACAGGACAGCUGGUGGAUGUGGCUGUGGGCCCCGAGGGUGACAUGGCCCAUGCUGUGGUCCUGGCCUCCAUCAGCUCGUUCUUCCACCGCUUCCUGGAGGGCAGGACCAGACAACUCCGCCAAGAUCCUCUACCCCAUGUCCCCCUGCCACCUGGGGCCACACUGUGGGGCUGGCGGGCUGUACUCACCUUUGCCUAUGGUGGAAUUGUGCCCCAUGGCCAAGUGAAAGAGGUGGAGGAGGCUGCCCGGGCCCUGGGUGCCCCCCGGCUGGUGGCUGCUUGCGCCCUGCGUCUGGAGAUUGACCACCAGGAAGAAGGUCCUAAGCCCCUGGAGGAGCAGUGGGAGACACUAAGAGCCAUGGAGCAGCUCCAUGCCAAUGGUGUGGGCUGUGACCUCCAGCUCCAGGCAGGGAACGAGGUCAUCCCAGUUCAGCGACUGGCCCUGAGCUGCUCCUGUGACUUCUUCCGGGCCCUUUUCACCUGCCCCAUGCGAGAAGCCACCCAUGACCCUGCUGACCCGCUGGUCACGGGGCUGUCCCCAGCCGAGCUGCGUCUCCUCCUCUCCUUUGCCUACACAGGAGCUGUAGCAGGGCCAUGGCCCAUGGUCUUGGAGGCAGCUGAGACCUCCCUGCGCUACCAGGCCUGGGGGCUCCUCACUCUCUGCCUGGAUGUUUUCACCCAUGGCCUGACCCCAGAAACUGUCCCUGACGUGCUGGCCUUUGCUGUGGCCUAUGGGUUGGAUGAGGUGGUCCAUGUAGCAGAGAACUACAUCUUGACCACCUUUCCCUGUGUGGUGGUUACACCGGCCUUCCUGGAUCUUCCUGCACACCUUCUCAUCCGCCUCCUCCGCUCUGAUGGUCUCAAUGUCCUCCAUGAACUGGAAGCCUUGGAAGCAGCAUCUCGGUGGCUUAUGGCCAAUGCAGAUGGCCAGGAGGAUCUAGCCAAAGAGAUCCUGUCAUCUGUUCGCUUUGCCCUCAUGUCCAGCCUGGAGCUGAAGAAGGUCCCAUCUGUGACUGCAGGGGUAGCUGACCCAAAGGUUCUUCGUGAGCUCAUGGUAGCAAGUUUCACCCCCAUGGCCCAGCUGCCAUGCCGGGUACGUUCCUUGCAAGAGGUGUUGGUGGUUUGUGGUGGAGACAAAGUAAAGGGCAACCUGACUGCCCGAAAGCCGAGCAGACACCUCUGGUUUGCAGACCGCUACCUCAGUGCUGUGGGGCUGGUGAAGCAGGUUGAGUGGCGGGCACUGGGACACUUUCCUGAUGGCCCACGCUUCCGUCAUGCUGUAACUGUGGUGGGCAACAACCUCUACGUCCUGGGUGGAAAGCACUACUACGGGGUCCAUGACACCUUAGCCAGUGUCUACAGGUACCAGCCUAUGGAUGAUUCCUGGGAGCGUCUGGCCAGUAUGACAUGUGGACGGAGCUACUUUGCUGCUGUGGCACUUGGUAAUUUCAUCUAUGCCCUGGGGGGCAGCUCAGGAGAGCUCUACUGCACGGAUACUGUGGAGUGCUACAACCUGGCCAAUGACACCUGGAGGAGGUGCCAGCCCCUGCCAAUGGCUCUGUGUGGGCAUGCAGCAUGUGCCCUGGAUGGUGAGCUCUACGUGUCGGGUGGGUGUGAUGAAGCAUACCAGUGUCAGGCAUCCUUGUUCCGCUAUGUCCCAGGUGCACCUGUCACACUCCUGGCCCCCAUGAAUGGCCACCGAGCUGGCCAUGUCAUGGAGGAGGCAGGUGGGCAGCUCUAUGUGGCUGGGGGCCUGUGUCAGCGGGCUGGGCAGACUGGCUACAGGGACCAGCUGACCUUUGAGGUCUACAGCCCCAAGCAGAACACCUGGGUCCUCCUUAGCCCUCUCCCCCGUGCACAUGUAGUUGGGGGUGCAGCUGUGCUGGGAGGGGAGCUGCUUGUACUGGGAGGGUACAGUCAUGAGACCUACCAGGACACACACUUGAUCCACGCCUACCAGCCGGGUACCCGGCGCUGGAUCACCCGAGGCACCUUGCCCCAUGCCUAUACUGACCUACAAGCCUGUGUUCUCACUGUACCCCCUGCCUUGCGUGCCCCCAGCUGCCUUAAGGACCCCUUGAGAUCAACUGAAACUCCCAAUAAUGCUUAAGAUGUAAUCUCUGCACCCCAUGGGAUAUGCAGUUAGCACCCAUGGGUACCUCUAAUGGACAAAAGUGUCCAGAUCCCUUUCCCAGAGUGGGUUCCUUUUGUGGUUUCCAGCAACCCUUCACCCUCAGGGUACAUGACCUAGACUGUUGUGAACCUGUGGAACAUAAAGCUUCCCCACAUGUAGCCCUCUACCUCCAGGAAUACUCAAUCCCCUUGCCUGAGCCCUUCACUGGGAGCUAGGAAUCCCUCAAUUUCCCCCCACACUUGAGUUGAAUAAAAGUGUUUCCUGAACUGUC